GUACUGACGUCACAUCCGCCACAUUGUUAUGGUUGUAACCAUAGAUAUGAAUACGAAUACGCAUAUGCGAAAACGGUUGUAACAGCCUUGUUUUGUUGAGUUUUGGGCUUCGUGGAGGAACACCGACAUGCCCGGCCAUCGCUGCUGCAUUCACGGCUGUUCCAGCCGUUCACACGAUCUGCUCCCUUUCUGUCAUUUCGACUCCACAGAGGGCCCAUCAGCCUCCAGCUUUUAUCAGAGGGGGUUGUUUGUUCUUCUGCUGUACCUGCAUGAAGAGAAGAAGGUGCAACUUUAACUCAGGAUCUAAUUGGAAUAACCUGCUGUGAUGAGAUGAGAUCAAGAUGGAGCUUUUCAGUAACUUUCCAGUAACAAACUUCAACAAUGGCUUGGAGGCCAGUUCAGACUCAGACGACGAGGACAAGCUACAUAUUGUGGAGGAGGACAGCCUGUUGGAGAAUGAUGCCACGGAAACGGACGGGGCCACAGCGCUGGAGAACCAUGAUGCCGCCAUAACAGUAUUACCCCACAACGGCUCCUGGAAUGGAGUGAAGGAGGAGUGUGUGUCGGAGGAGGAGGAGGAGGACGAGGAGGUGAAGGACGCUCUAGUGGAGGAGAUUCUCCAGCAGAGCGACACCGCCAUCAUUUAUCCUGAAGCUCCAGAGGACGAGCAGAGUCCGGCCGAGACGGGAGACGCUGAUGAAAACGGCACACCCGACAGCUUCUCCCACUUGCACAUUUGCCCGUACUGUUCUCGGGGCUACAAACGCAACGCCUCGCUGAAGGAGCACAUUAAGUACCGCCACGAGACCAGCGAGGACAACUACAGCUGCUCGCAGUGCAGCUACACCUUCACCUACCGCUCGCAGCUGGAGAGGCACAUGAGCCACCACCGAGGCAACAAGGAGCAGCGUCAUGUUUCCCAGUCCACAGCAGGAUCAGGAGGUACAGGUGGAACCCGCAAGUUCAAGUGUACCGAAUGUUCAAAGGCCUUCAAAUACAAACACCACCUAAAGGAACACCUGCGCAUUCACAGCGGUGAGAAGCCAUACGAAUGCUCAAACUGCAAGAAGCGAUUCUCCCACUCUGGCUCCUACAGCUCCCACAUCAGUAGCAAGAAGUGUGUGGGAGCAGCAACUCAGAACAGUGUGACUGUAACGGUGGUGAAGACCACGUCUCCAAGCACUCAGACUAAACCUGUCGCAAUCGCUCCAGCACGACUUCCUGUCAAAGAAAAGACUGAAAGCAAACCGCUCCAGGAGCAGCUGCCCGUCACCCAGAUCAAAUCCGAGCCUGUGGAAUACGAGUGCAAGCCGGUCAUGGCGGCGCCGGCGACUUCAACCGGCAGCAACGGCGUGGUGAACGGCGGGGCAGCGCCGCCAGCGGCAGCCCCGGCGGCAGCCAUCCCUCAGAGCGUAGCCAUGGUCGUCCCAACGGUGGGCCUCAUGUCGCCGGUCAGCAUCAAUCUGAACGACCUGCAGAGCGUGCUGAAGGUGGCGAUGGACGGAAACGUGCUCAGGCAGGUGCUGGGCUCAGCCAACGGCGUUGUGGCGCAAGGAAAGCAGGGAAUCGUAGUCCAGCAGCCUCAGCAGCAGAUCAUCAGCCUCCCCGCCUUCGUGGAUCACGACGGCACCACAAAGAUCAUCAUCAACUACAGCAUCAGCCCUGCAGCCGGCACCGCCGCCGCCGCCGCCUUGCCCACGCCGCUCGUCAUCAAAAACAACCUUCCCCCUGCUCCCAUUGUCACCACCGCAGCAGCUGCCGCCCCGACCGCAACAAAAACGGAUCAUCUCGAAACGCCUGAGGUAACGGACCUCAGUCUGAAGAAAAAUCCAGUAGCAGAACCCAUGAAAGACACAAAGACGGAGGCAACGGCGGAAGAAACCGUGAAGGAGUCGGAACCAGCUAACGUACCCAAAUCCAGCAGCAGCAGUACGUGUUUACUGUGCGACGACUGUCCCGAUAACCUGGAGGCGCUGCAUCUCCUGCAGCAUCGCAAAGCUGCCAACGGGGAGGCCGUGGACUCGGCCGCGUUGGACCCGUCGUUUGCCGCUCUGCUCAGCGAGGCCGGCGUGAUGCUGGAGGAGCCGCCAGUGGAAGACCUCCUCUCGCUCCUCAAAACUUACUUCGCUUCCAACGCCAACCCCGGUGAAGAGGAGCUGAUGAAGAUCUCCAAGUCUGUCAAUAUUCCCACAGAAGUGGUCAAGAAGUGGUUCAUCAAGAUGAAUUCUGGGAAAAACAUGAGUAAAUGUCCCACCGAGUCGUCAGAUCCUCCAGAAGAGACUAAAACCACAAACUCCAGCUCAGAGGAGACUUUGAAUAACGAUGAGAACGGCAGCCAGGAGGAAAGUGACCGACCUCAAUCCCGCGCCAGCUCGCCGUCAGACUCUCUGUCUCUCAGCGGGGAUCUGGUGAUCGUCAAAAGCGAGCCAGAAGACCCAGAGGAAGCAGACUCCCAAGCAGAACCUCUGGACCUCUCUCUCCCCAAACAUGAGAUCCCACCAUCAGAAAAGAAAGCCACGCCUCCCCCAAAGCAGCAGGAGCAUCCUCUGAACCUGACCUGCCUGAGGAAGGAUGGCCAGACGCUCUUCGUCACCACGCCUCAGAGCACCAAUCCCGUCAACAUCGUCACCGCCGCCCAGCUGCCCACCCUGGUGGCCAUCGCCGGUCAGGGGACGGUGGGCUGCCUCGGCGCCAUCAACACCACCACAAAACGCACCAUCCUCAUCCCCCAGCUCACCUACACCUACGCAGCCGCCACCGGCAACGCCGCCGGAGCCAAGACUGUCGUCCUCAACGGCCAUAAGGAGAAACGUUCAGAGAGCAACACUGACGGGGCUUCCUCUGCAGAGGAGCAGGACAGCAAGAAGCGGCGGGUGGAAAAUGGCGUCUAUCCCUGUGAUCUUUGCUCCAAGGUCUUCCAGAAGGGCAGUUCGCUGCUCAGACACAAAUAUGAACACACAGGAAAACGGCCCCAUGAAUGCACCAUCUGCAAUAAAGCUUUCAAACACAAACAUCACCUGAUCGAACACUCCAGGCUGCACUCCGGCGAGAAACCCUACCAGUGCGACAAAUGUGGGAAGCGCUUCUCCCAUUCGGGCUCGUACUCGCAGCACAUGAACCACCGCUACUCCUACUGCAAGAAAGACUGGUCCAUCCUGGACUCCGGCCUGGAGUCACGCAGGGGUCAGCUGGAGCUGGGCAGCCCCGGCGGCGGCGCGCUGUCAGACAGCCGGACCACGACGCCGCAGUCCCAAAUGGACUCGGACGAGCGGGAGAGCGAGGAGGAGGACGACGAGGCCAUGUGCGUGGACGACAUCCGGGUGGUGCAGGUGGACGACGGCGAGUGCGAGAUCUACGAGGGCAACUUCGACGACGACGAGGAAGAGGAGGAGGAGGAAGAGACGGAGGCUGGGCAGGCGCAGGGGGAGGGACAGGAUUUCUUUUGUGACGUGGUGGAAGUGGAGCUGGGGAACGAACACGCGGAGAACGGCACGUCGGAGGGGAAACGCGAAGAAAAGGAGGAACCGGCGGGCGCAGCAGCAGAGAAACGGGCAGACUGCGAAGCAGAAACAGACAAAGUCAUGAAGGAGGAAUCGGACAGCACUGAGGAGCCGCAGGAAGCGGCGAAAACGAAAUGAAGGAACCUGAUUCCUCAGUCGAAGUCAUUUCAGACAAAAACCACAUCAAGAAGCAGCAAGUCUGAAAGUUGCCUAAUCUUAACGGUCCACUACUGUGUACAAAAACCCAGGUGUGCCUGAACUUAGAAAAAACAAAGACAGUGACUUUUUAUUUGUGAAAAGUAAAAUAUUCAUGUUUUAAAGUGUUUAUAGAAGUACAGAUUUGAAGUAGUACCAUCUAUCAUCUUGUUAGACUUGUUACUGAGACUUCCCAGGUUUUUGUUUUUUUUCUUUUCCUCAGCCAGUCAGUGUUACUAAUCUUGUUCUUGUUUGAAGACAUUUUAACCUGUAUAGAGAAAGAUUUCUAUACCUUUUUAUUGCCAAUGAAUUUUCCUAAAUCAGUAUUUAAUUGAGUUUGACGAACAAAAACCUCUGCACUACAGUAUUCCUAGUUUACCUAUGGAUACAUGCCUCAUGCAUCGUAUGCCCUUCAGUGUUGUAUAUGUACGCUAGCUAGCGGGAUGUUGUUUGUGUUAGUGUUAGUCUUUGCUAGCUGGCGUUCUGUUUGUUUUCAGUUUCGACUGUUAGCCUUAAGGAAAACUAGGUAUUCCUGGGGAUGGGGUGGGGGGAACGGGACGGGAUGGGACGGGACGGGACGGGACGGGACGGGACGGGACGGGACGGGGAGGAGAAGGCGGCUUCUGUUUGCCAUAACCAAAUUAGUCCAAUCAGGGAAGAAAAGGUCAACCUCAAAGCCAGCAUCGGCACUUCUGUGGACGGACCGGAGAAGAGCUCCGCCUCCAGGCUCGUCUUCGGGUCCAAAACACACACACAC